UCAAGUCAGCCUACCAGCAGGAAGUCCUAGCGCACUCACUCGCAUUCAGUCAUUCUCCGCCGUGACCUGGGAGGACAUGGGCUAAUUUCACCCGGUCGAUCUAGCAUGCAUAACUGGACUAAAUCAUCGGUUCAUCGGCCCCAUGCCUUCUUCAGCAAGCAGUCGCAGCCGUGGGAAUUAGUGAACGAGCGAAGUUCGAAGUUGCCGUCAGUUCAGCGGCUGGAGUCCGCUGACUGGAGUCGGCAACAUGGCAAACGUUAAAGUGGCGAUUCGCGUGCGUCCACUCAAUUCAAGAGAAAGCGCGGAUGGCGGCCGACUGGCGGUGCAGGUGGAGGAGAAGGUGGUGAGGGUGAAGAACCUGAAGCUGGAGGGGAGAGCGGACUCCAGGGAGUGUCUGAUGGAGUUUGGCUUCGAUUACUGUUACUGGUCUGUUGACCCAGAGGGCCCCAACUACGCAUCCCAGGAGGAGGUGUUUCAGGACCUGGGCGUGUCGGUGCUGGCAGGAGCAUGGGAGGGCUACAACGUGUGUCUGUUUGCAUACGGCCAAACGGGUACCGGCAAGACCUACACCAUGAUUGGCACACCGGAUUCCAUGGGACUGACUCCGAGGAUUUGCCAGGGGCUGUUCCACUCGCCCGAGGCGUCUCCUAAUGGACAGACAUCUUCUCGUGUGGAAGUCAGUUUCCUGGAGAUCUAUAAUGAGCGUGUGAGGGACCUGCUGAGGGAUGGGGACCAGAAGAAGCCGGCUGUGCUGAGGGUGAGGGAACACCCGGAGACCGGCCCAUACGUGCAGGGUCUGUCCCAGCACCAAGUGACGGACUACAAGCAGACGCUGGAUUUGCUGGAGAGAGGCAUCAGCAACCGCAUCACCGCGGCAACCCACGUCCAUGACGCCAGCAGUCGGUCACAUGCCAUCUUCACCAUCCAGUACACACAGGCCACCUUGGAGAACAACCUCCCCUCGGAGAUCGUGAGCAAGAUCAAUCUGGUGGACUUGGCCGGCAGUGAGAGGGCUGAUCCACAGUACUGCAGGGAUCGCAUCACAGAGGGGGCCAACAUCAACAAGUCCCUGGUCACACUGGGCAUUGUCAUCUCUGCCCUGGCCCAAAACUCGCAGAUGUUCAGCAGCUGUCCGAGCAUCAACAGCGUGGCGAGCGAGGCGGAGGGGAGCCUGCUAGGAGGCGGCGGCAGCAGCAUGUCCAGCUCUAGUGGCAGUGGUGGUGGAGGUGGGGGCGGUGGCCGGAGGCACUGCUUCAUCCCCUACAGGGACUCUGUUCUGACCUGGCUCCUCAAGGACAGCCUGGGCGGCAACUCCAAAACCAUCAUGAUAGCCACCGUUUCCCCCUCCUGCAGCAGCUACAGCGAGACCGUCAGCACCCUGCGCUACGCCGCGCACGCCAGGAACAUCGUCAACAAGCCCCGCGUCAACGAGCUGGAUGGCCCUGGGAACAAAGGACCUUCGCAGCCUGUCUGUCUUGCAGGAGAUGGCACGGAAUCUGUAGCUAAACAGGCUUCUUUGUUGGGCAAAGACAGAGUGCAAGGGGACGCCAACGUGAGGCUGAUCAGGGAACUGCGCGAGGAGAUUGAUCGUCUGAAGACCAUGCUGCUCGGCUUUGAAAUGCAGCGAAACCCCAGCCCAUCUUUGAGCGACGAGAGAGACGGGAGCCUGUCGGAUAUUGUGCUACAGAAUGAGCUCAAGGUGGACCAGCUGACAAAGGACUGGUCGGAGGGCUGGAGCCAUAAGCGGGAGCUGCUGGAGCAGUACAGCGUGGACAUAAAUCGGGACCGGGCCGGCUUCCUGGUCCACUCACUGGUGCCACACCUCAUCGCCCUGGACCGUGAUGUGCUCAGCACCGGGGUCACCUUCUACCACCUCAGGGAAGGGUUAACCAGAAUUGGAUCUCAAGCCACUGACCUGGAAGAGCCCCAGAUAGCCCUGCCAGGUAGUACCAGCUGUGAGAUUGAGAACCAAGGAGGCGUUGUGACCUUGAGGCCAACUCCGGAGCAGGUGUGCACCGUGAAUGGGCGGGAAGUGGCCGCCCCCUGCAGACUUGCACAAGGUGCAGUGAUAACCCUGGGACAGUACAAGUUCAGGUUUAACCAUCCUGCAGAGGCAGCCUUGCUGAGAGCGCGGAGGCGGACCAGUUCGGGUUCCCUGGACACCAGCGGUCCAUGCUGCGAGUCCAGCACUCCUGAUGCCGAUUGGAGGAGUGUGGAGGGAGACGGUUGCUCGGGAGACGCAUCUCCUCCUCCUCCUUCUCCACCACCUCCUCCUCCGCCGUGGCGUCGGGUGGAGGAGCAACAGCGCUAUGUGGAGCUCCUGCACGAGGAGAUUCAGGUGGAGCAGAGGAGAGCCGAGCAAGACCUGAAGGUGGAACAGGCCAAGGUCCAUCAGCAGCAGUCUGAGAUUCAACAGUGGGUCCUGAAGCAGAAACAGCGUCUAGCAGCCAUAGAGCAGAAGGUGACCCACGAGCUGGGGGUGCAGACGGACUUGUUGACCCCUCCACUAAUGCACUCGGGGUCAGGAGAAGGAGGUCAAGAGGACUGCCGACCUCCAUCUGCGCUGGGCGACUGCAAGCGGGUGGUGCAGGAGGAGCUUCUCCGACAUCACGCCCUGGGCCGAGUGGAGAACCGCGUGAGGCGCAAGCGGCUGCACUACCAGCUGCAGAGGAUCGCACGCAAGCGCCAUCUGCUGGAGGCCAAGCAAGAGCUGCAGCGAUUGGUCAACAGCGUGCCCCCAGGACAGGAGGGACCGUCGUCUCUGGAGAUGGAGUCAAGUUCAAGAGGGCGACCUGUCCUGCUGCGCCGGCAUUCCUUUUCUGCAGAUCUGCUGUCACGUCUCUAUCCCCAGCACACACCCAUUUUUAGUCAAUUCCUGAGGAGACACAGAUCAUCUGAGUUCAUGUCGUUUGGCUAUGGGCCAAGAAAGUACUCCUCCGAUGACCGCCUCUCAGACCAGCCCAUGAGAGGGCGCUCACAGACACUACCGUCGGGUUAUGUCAGAAGAAGCAGGAGCAGAGCCAGGUCUUCGGAAAACCUAAAAUCCCCUCUGAAGGACAGGAAUACCACUGAGGCCAGUAAUGGAAACUCUUCAGGGACCAAGACUGGCACAACCAGACGGGGGUCAUUGCCUAGGAGCAGAUCUAACAGUCAGAGUAAAGAUACAACUCUAGAUGAAAAUUCCAGCAAGGCCUGCAAGAAACAUUUGCCCAUAAUCAGCAAGGGUAGUCAGCAAAAGAACUCUUCAAAGGGUUCGCAUGGAAGCAAUAAGGGACUGGAGAAGAUUCGAAAGGUUUUCUCACAUUCGGUGGGGACUGGAAUCAAAACGGCCUUAGCAAAGGUCUUCCGCAAGCCUCCACUAGGCCUGCGAGCAGGAAGGAGUGCAAAAUCUUUCAAAACAUCAGGGAAACCUUCUGGGAAGUCAGGCAAAGGCAUUGAAGAUUGUGAGACAACUGAAAAGCAAGGGAAAGCACCCCUGAAGGCAACAGUGUCUUUAGACAACCUCGAACACGCAGUAACAGCCUCUCCAGAAGUAGACCCCAUACAGAGGCGAUGGCAUAGUGCCGAGGCCCUCUCGCCUCGACCCAAAAGGUCUGAAAGGGGACAGCAAGACCUGGCACAAUGGAUUGAGAGCCUCCAGGAAGAGGAAGGAAACAUGUCAGACUGUGAUAGCCUGUUCUCAACUGACUCGUUGUCCUCUGCAUAUGCUGCGGCCUUAGCGGAACAGCUCAGGCAAGAGGAAGGCGAUCAGGAGCAGAGUGAGCCAGAGAGUGUGGACAGUCAAAUGUCCGAGGACUCACUGGUCAUGGCCGGCAGCGGAAAACAUGCAACUGUGAGACCUGCUGUGAAACAUAUGCAGGCACCCAACAAUCUUCUGCUCUGCAGUCAAAUCCCACAGCCAUACCAAGAGGAGAAGACCACUUUGGAUAGCCAUGUGCCAGAUAAAAUGGAGGCAGUUAUGGAAGUGUUAGAUGAGAUGCCUGCAGAGGCUUACUGGAGCUUGGGUGGAACUCCAAAGAUGAAAGUCCGUGCUGGUGGAAUGUUCAAGUCUAACUGUGAUAAACCCCUUUGUGUUGACUCUGACCAUGAAGACAACCAAGCUCCAUCAAAGAUGAAUGAACAACCAGCCAGCCCUCACUUAACUACUACAAGCACCCCUCGCUCCCUCAGCAAUUGUAGUGUCAGGGAGCCUGAGAGUUUGUUAGCUUUAACAGACGCCUGGUCCUCCAUGGAUGCUGCAGAUAGUCCAAGGAUGCCUAGGCCCACCUCAGGCCACAAGGCUUCCCAUGACCGACUGAACGAAAGCGAAAGGAGUUUAAGCCUUAGCUUUCAGGACCUGUCUGACCACAUCAGUGGCUCUGACUGCCACAGUUCAUUAUCUGCUGAAUCCACAGAUGGUGAGAACACCACACUGCAGGUAGAGAAGUGCUGGGAAUCUGACAAAAGUAGUGAGGAGGACCCACAAAGUCACUUUUUAAGAUCAUCAGAAGUUGUGCUCAGCUCAGGAAACACAUUGACUCUGACGAAUGUGGAGAUGCUCAGCGAGACUGAUGGCGAGCAGGUGAACUCCCAGGAUGUUGAGGAAUCUAAGCAGGACAGAACACAGGCCCUUGUGAAUAAACAACUCAUAGACUCACAUGCAGCUGAUGCACAUAGUAGCCAUGUUGAGAUUAUCAGUUCUAACAAAACUAAGCCAAGUCCAGUCCAUGUGUCAAACAAUAAUACCCAUGGCAGUGAGAACAUGUCUGCCACAGCACAAUCACAAUUCUUGCAUCUCAGUCCAAACUCAGCAAUAGCUGAUGUGUUGGACUCAAAUCAGUUAAUUCCACUAGGUAAAACAGCUACAGAUUUAAUCCACACUAAUAGGACAGAUUCCCCAGAGGUAAAGGAGAGUCUAGAUUUUAAGUCCUCGAACAUUGGUUGUCUGACUCAUGGCAGUGAGAUGUCAGUGAACUCUGAUCUGCUGGAUGCAAAGCACUUGGUUCCACAAUGUCAAGGAGCUAAUUUGCACAUAAAUCCCCAAGGCAGUGAUGGGAAAAAACUUGCUCAAGCGACAGAAAACAUCAAAAGUCAUAAAACUACAGAAUCUAUCCAAUCUGAUAGAAUGUGUUCCACUGAAGUGAAGGACAGCCUCAAUGCCAAGUCUUCGAACAUUAACAAUCUGACUCCUGGCAGUGAGAACAUGUCUGAACAAUCACAAUUCUCAGAUCUAAGUCAGAUGUCAGUGACUGCUGAUGUGUUGGAUUCAAAGCACUUGGUUCCACAAUGUCAAGGAGCUAAUUUACACACAAACCCCCAAGGCAGUGAUGGGGAAACACUUGGACAUGUGGCAGAAAACAUCACAGAUGAAAUAGCUACGGAAUCUAUUCACACUAAGAAGACAUAUUCCACAGAGGUAACGGACAGGCUUGAUUUCAAGUCUUCUGACAGUAGUCAUCUGACUCAUGAGUCUGAACAAUCACAAUUCUCAGAUCUAAUACUAAAUUCAGUGACUGCUGGUGUGUUGGAUUCAAAGCAGUUGGUUCCACAAAGUCAAGGAGAAAAUGUACUCAUAAACCAUCAAGGUGUUGGGGAAACAUGUGGCCAUGUGGGAGAAAACAUUAAAAGUCAGAAAGUUACUGAAUCUAACCAAACUAAUUGGACAUAUUCCACGGAGAUAAAGGACAGACUUGGUUUCAAGUCUAACAUUAGUUACCUGGCUCCUGACAGUCAGAGCAUGUCUGAACAAUCACAGUUCCCAGAUCUAACUCAAAUGUCAGUGAACUCUCAUCUGCUGGAUGCAAAGCACUUGGUUCAACAAUGUCAAGAAGCUGAUUUACACAUAAACCCCCAAGGCAGUGAUGAGAAAAAGUUUGCUCAAGUGGCAGAAAACGUCACAAGUCUAAAAGCUACUGAAUCUAUCCAAACUAAUAGGACAUAUUCCACAGAAGUGAAGGACAGCCUCAAUCCCAAGUCUUCCAACAUUAACAAUCUGACUCCUGGCAGUGAGAACAUGUCUAAACAAUCACAAUUCUCUCAAAAUCUUACUCCAAAUGCAGUUACUGGUGAUGUGUUGGAUUCAAAGCAGUUGGUUACACAAUAUUGUGCUAAUUUAUUCGUAAACCCUCAAGACAGUGAUGAGGGAACACAUGGCCUUCUGGCAGAAAACAUCAAAGAUCAAAAACUUACAGAAUCGAGCCAAACUAAUAGGACAUAUUCUCCAGACGUAAAGGACAGACUUGAUGUCAGCUCUACUAACAUUAGUAAUCUGACUCUCCAUUCACGUAAUAGUGAAUGUAGUAAGACAGUCAUUGACUCAAAAAGCACUUUAGAAAGAAAAGAUGAUCAGUUUCUUCUCAGUUCUACUCCUUAUCUAAAAUCGACAGUAUCAGCAGCUGCCCCAGUUCCAGCAAUUAACUCGGAAUAUCAAGUGAGUAACGUGUCAAUACCAUUGCUUUAUCCUGCAGUUGAGGAAAAUGGAUGUUUCGAACAUCUGUAUGGACAAGGCAAAUAUGUAAAUGCGUCUUCAAACUUGGUGGAAGAAAUUUAUCAGACUAUUGAACCAAGCAAAGAAAGUGAAUACUCUGAAUUAGAGAAGGCGUCAACAAAUGAAAAUGAUUGUGGUAUAAGCGCAGAUGUGAACCCUGUACAUCAUCCAUGUGUUGCCACUGAACAUCAUUCUGUGUGCCAAAGUGGGCAGAGCACAGUUGUUCCUCAGUUGACUGAUCGAGUAACUCAAAUAAGUAAACAGGAGCCUCCUGUCAAACAAACAAAAAUAUUACCAUGCCAGACUGAACUCGUACCACAAUGCCAAGAUAAAACUCAGCAAGUGUACACACCUUCUGGCUUGGCUGGAACCAAUGAUCCAAACGAAAGGGUGAAUACUGUCAGUUCUCACCUAUUAAGCAAGCCUGGCCCAGAUUUGACCUUAACAAGCACUUUAAAAGGAAAAUAUGAGAAGUGCCUUGAAAAUUCCAGUCCUUAUCUCAGUUCCACAGUAUCUGGAAUUGUUCCUGCAUUAGAGGAAAAGGGGCUUGAUGUACCGAAAGAAGCCCAAAUUAGUCAUGGUACCAAAGUGGAUGUUAUCAGGUCAUUGGAAAGGAGUGUUGGGGAGAACGCCAAUAACGGCAUUGAUCAUUCUGUUGAGGGCCACUGCAAAAUUGCCAGCGCAGACAUUCCUGUGUAUACCAAAGAUUUGCUGCCACACAGAAACACACGCCAAUCAAAAGAUGUGCUUGAUAGUUUGGGGUAUGUUUCUUGUUACACUACGACAGAAGCCAGUCACAAUCAAGAGCUCGAAUCUCAGAGUGUAAUGUGCAGAAAGUCACGAAAAAGAAAUAAAGAUAGCCAAGAUGCACUUUCAAGCUCAUUGAAAUUCCCCAAGAGAUCACAUUCUUCACCCCCAAAAUCGAUAUGUCCAACUUCUCACCGAACUGAAAAAGACAACAAAGACAAUUACAACAAUCAACUGAACGAAUCUUUCACGUGUAAAGAUGAGCAUCUAGUGACAAGCAUGCCCUGCAUUCUUUCAGAAGAGAAAUGUGUUUCAGAGCAAAGUGUUGCGGAAAAGAACAUUGAGAAUACAGUGAAAAUUACAGACCCUAAAUUAGGCAGAUGUGGCACAAAAAAUGCUGAUGUCAUUAGUCAAAAAAUAUCUGAAGUGGUGCAGAAACAUCUAGAAAUGUCCAUUGACAAAGAUGAAUUGGAGAGCCUGUCAUUUGUUGUUAACAGUGAUGCUAAGAUUUCAAUUCAAAAUGAGAAAGCUCAAAGAUGCAGUGUAUCUUAUCCUUCACCCUCGCAAACUGUACCACUGAAGUCAGAUGAAAACAGCCCUAAAAAAGACACAUCAAGUCUAAGCCAACAGCACGACCUCAGAUCAAGUCCAAUUCGUAAGGACCAAACAGGUUGUAGGACCACAGGGGUCAGUGAAAGCAUGGACACGAAAAACCCAAGGAGCACUGCAGGGCACACAAAUGAGGAAAGUUUAAACAAAGGCUCUUCUGUACUGCCACAACAGGAUAUCCCAAGGGAAUUGCAAAUGGGCAGUAAGUCGAAACGAGAAAUAAUACCCGGAGCAUUCAAAGAACAUGGAAAAGGGGUUCAGUCAGAUGCAUGUGUUUUUAGUGCCAGUGAGGGGGGAAGGGCUCUCAGUACUGUUGGCUCGAUGCAGCACACAGAAUCACAUAAUGUAGAUGGCAUGGAGAAACACAAGGCCUUUGUUAUGACUGGAUUACUCAGAGGAUCGGAAAGCAGCGUGUCCCAUUCUGUUGAGACUGCAGUUCGAUCUUUAUCUACAACAUGCCUUAAAAGACAGUUUGCAAAAGAUGUUAUGAGUGCUUCUGAAAAUGACAUCAGUAACAUAUCAGUGCCAGUGUUGUUUUCUGGAGCUGGAGAAAAGGGCCGUUGUGAGCUGGCAUAUGGGCAGUUCCCACAUUUGGAUGAAUCUUCAAUUUUUGUAGAUGAAAUCCAUGGUGCUAGGACUGUUGAUCUAAGCAAAGCAAGUGAAUAUUCUGCACUGAAGAACACAUCAACAGAUGAAGAUGGAUUGAGUGCAAGAACAUUUGUUGCCACUGAACAUCAUCCUGUAUGCCAAAGUGGGCAGGGCACACUGGUUUCUCAGUUGAAUGAUCCGACAAGAAGUGAAAACUGUUUGCAAGAACCUCCUGUCAAACAAACAAAAAUAUUUCCAUCUCAAGCUGAAUUCACACUUCAGUGCCAAGAUACACAAUCAAGGCAGUCACACAAUUCCUCUGAGUCUACUGAACACCUUGAUCUGAAUAAUAGUCAGAAUACAUUUAGUUCCCACAUGACAAUGAAUAUCCCACAGCAGAGGACAGUUCAAACGUGUUCUAAAGUGUCUGUUGGAAACUCACUGAAAUCUAAAGAGGUCGUUCAAGCUCGUGCUAGCAUCCAGCAAUAUCCUACUGACAAAAUACCAUCAAAUGAUUCAAGUAGCAUGAUACUGAAUGCUGAAGGAAAACAGCUAGGGCAAGAUUGUCUUCAGGGGACUGAGAGAGGGAAAUACAGUGCCACUGCUUUGUCUCAACGUGCAUGCCAUAAACCUCAAUACUCCAAUGUUGCUCCCCAAUCAUUCACAGACUCUGAGCAAAAACAUUUCAAACAUGUAGCUGUGGAUGUGCCAACUGCCUCCCAAACAAAGACUAAGCCAUUAAGUGACACAGGACCCAAGUAUACUAACAGAAUUGAAUUGGAGGUUCCAAGUCAUAGUAAAUAUGUAGCUGAUGGAUGCGAUAAAAUGGCAAAAGGAAAACAACAGCUACCUGUCCCAUUACCUGAGCAACUGAUCCAUUUACAAGAGAUCACCUCAAAUAUGAGGGUCAAAUCUGAGGUCUUGAUUGAGCUAUCCAAACCAAGGACAACAAAUUGCCAACUGUCAAAAAGUUCUGAAGACACUGACUCAAUGGAUAAUUCUCAGAUGAGUGAAUAUUCAGAUUCCAAAGGUCAUGCAAAAACUAAAGAUGGUAAAGGCAGCAGAGUGGCCGAUAGUAGGAAAGUGAAAACAAAAAGGUUUAGAAGAACUCAAGCCAUGACUGUUCCAAGUACAUCGAGUGAGUCAGUACUGGACACUUCAUCUGAGGAAAAUAUUCUUGUUAAGAUCCGUCAACAAAGAUUGUCUACCAGGACUAAAUCUGAAGCUCAGGCAUAUGGCAGACAACAAGAACCUAAACACAGCAGAGCAAGCCCAUGUGAAAUUCAUGCUGAUAGUCAAAAUUCAAAAACGCCCUUGAGUAGAAGUCAAAUUACAGUUGAGGGGAAAGUGAAAGACCAAUAUGUUUUGCAGUCUCCAGACCCUAAGUCCUCUUGUACUCCUGUUCUGUCACCACAAAGUUAUGUGCGACCCUGUGUCCCCAUGCAAAAGAACGAACCCACAGAGACACCACAUGUCAGUGGGAGACCAGCAAAAUCGAACCAUGUUGCGGCACUAAGUGAGAAUCUAUGUAAAGCCACAGACAGUAAUCAUUUAAAGCCAAUUUCAAAUGUUUCUAAACAAAAAAUGGAAACCUCAAUGGAGAACACCACUCUUAAACAAGCAGACUCCGUUUUGCACUUUGCAUCUGUUGAUAUCAACCCAUUCAUUCACCCAUGGCAAGAUACAGAGUCCAGUAAACCAACAUACAAAAACCAAGUGUUUGGAAGCGCGGCGGAAAUAGCAAGCAAGUACCCACUUCUCAACUGUCCAGACAAACAGAUCACUAGAUGUUCUAGCAUGGAUAAUGGUCUCAAUGUGGAGAACUCCCCAUUCACCUCCCACCUCAGCACUUAUGCAAACAGCAAGGGACUCUCUAGCACCCUUAGCAGUGUGGAGGAUUUUAAAGAGCGUGUUGGCGCCAAGUCUCACCGCAUGACGUGUCACCACUCCUCUUUAGAUGCAGAUGGGGGAAACAUGACUGCUGUGUCUUGUGGCUCUGCUGACAGCAGUGCCUCUGUCGAUCUGGGGAACAGCUCUGGUCCAGUGGAUGAAAUAAUGUUGGUGUAUCCCUCGCAGCAAGAUUCCCAUUCCCAUGAACAUGAGGGGUUCAGCAUGUGCGACCACAGCACACAGACUAUAACUCCAGGUGGACACCUCAAGAGAAGGAGGUGUCAUCACAGGAGCAACAGUCAGGUUGACACUUCCCUGAAACCGAAAGUUCCUGCCACUUGGACCAGUCUUCAGGACAUGUCUGCUCACCUGUCUCAGCUUAUACACAACACGUCAGACCUUCUAGGUAAUAUUGAAUGUAUGAGGAGUGGGGCCACACAAAGACAGGAGCAUACACGGAUGAGUAGAGUGUCCAAAAGAUCUGUAAGGCAAACCAAUAUGAAGGAUGGGUCGACACAAACAGUGCUGGAUGUUGGAAUACAAACUGAAGCAGUGGAGAGACAAGUGGAAGACCCUUCAAAGGCACAUACAACUACAACUCCAGACCUGAGUCCCAGAGCCCAUGAGGUAAAUGUUAUCGUAAAAGUCAUUGGUCCAAACUCACUCAGUGCAUCCGAGGGUGACGAUAUUACCCUUUCAUUGUUUGACACAGGAAAAAGUAGAAGGCUUUCUGACUAUAUCAAGAGCAUGCCUGACCUACGAGAGAACAGGUGUCAAUCUGCUGUCCGAUCACAAUCUAAAGUCACCCCUAUGAAAGUUCCCUCUUUGGAGACAGUGUUGCCAAGCGACAGCCACAUAACCCCUGAUCUUUCUCCCAUUUUCCCCAAAGGCCUUCUCUUUGACAAACCCUCCCCCUCAGGCUCUGCAUCAUCACAAGUCAACAGAUGUUUCUCAGACAUUGAUGUUCCAGAAACUCAAACACAGAGGAGAACGACUAAGCCUUCUUCUGGCAAGCAAGUUAGCUUCACUGACCGGGCCUCAUCCCCUAUUCUCACAGUCGAAGCUGGUGUAGCAGGGCGAAAAGACCAACAUUUCAAAAGAUCAUCUACGCCACGUUAUGACACAGCUGAAAGACACUGCCAUAUUGAAUCACAGAGUUACACCAGCAAAAUCAGUUAUCCAAGGACUGAAUACUCUCAGGCUACCUCCAUAAAGUGCACCCCUGGAGAACUUCAGACCUAUGAACUAAGGAAGACAUUUAGCUCCUCAGAUAUAUCAAUUGGAACCAUCUCUACUGGACAUAUCAGUGACCUUAGCAAUUCUACUUCAGAUGUUUCGCAUGGAUUCUUAGUCAACUCAGCUCAAGGCAAAGCACAUAAUGUUGGAAACAUUCAUCAUAGAAAUGCUACUUUAAAGGGAAAUAGUCAGACUCCUUUGCAAGGAAAUGUCUGUCCGCUAAGUGUAAAAUGGGUGCCUUCUCCCUCGCACCACAACUUUUCAUACCAGCAGCCUGACCUCUACAAACAACAACUGAGACAUCAGAUGGAGCUUUUUUCAUCCUUUGAUGAACAACCGUUGCUAGGCCAUCAAUACAUUACAAAACCACACAGAAACCCAGAAGAUCAGGAAGCUGAAUUCAACCAGUCUUUUGAGGUACCCGGUAGACACCCAACUCUGGAACAUCAGGAUGAUGACCUCAUGUCAGUUGCUCCAAGUGAGUGCAACACUGAUGUUUUGGUUAGCAUCAAUCCCCUCAAAGAAACCCAUCCUCCACCAAAUGAGCAAAUGGUCCCCGAAGACUUACCACUGCACAACAAAUUCAACAACUGGUCAGGACUAAGUCAACAUGGACGAUCGCAAGUCACCAGGAGUACUCGCGACAAAAGCAGCUCUGUGCAGAACAUCCUACAGUCUGAGAGCCUGAACUCCAGUUUUAACACCCACUCAGUUGUGCAGAAAGAUGGCAGGAUGAGUGAGAUAGAGAGACUGCGUAAAGAGAGAGAGAAAGUGAUGGCCAGUGUGCACUUGGAGAUGAACCCUCACCAGCUGACCGUGGAAAUGGCAGAGGCGAAGUUGCAUUACGGGCAAGGAGAGACAGACGCCUUGCUGAAGGCACUGAAGUCCCCAACAGAGCAAUCACCUCCAAUUACCAAGCAGUGCUUGUAUAACAGGCAUAGGAGGAGUAUCGAAGGGUUGAGAGAGGAGAGAGAAGCUCGUCUUCAGACCUGCCGUCGUGCUCGUAGCCUCAGCCCCAGCAAACAUGGCAGCCUUGUCGCUCAUGACCUCAACUCCUCCCCUAAGGCCAAUCACACCCCUUCAGGCAGGCGGGAACAUCUUCAACACCUGCGGCAAGAAGUGGUUGACACUAGCAGAGUUCCAGAGCCUCAGAGGAGAGGCCGUCCGUGUCCUUCAGAGAUCGAGAUCCUGUUGCGAGACUACAGCCGCGCUCGUGAGGAGGCAAGAACGGAAAUCGCCCGAGCACGGGACCGGCUUCGUGAACGCACGGAGCAGGAAAAGAGACGGCUGCAGCAACAAACGCUGUCUCAAGUGGUCAGGGAUGACCUGCGCUUUCGUAACAGGGUGAGCAACAGCACUCUCUGCACCGGCUCCAGCCUCAGUCUAGCCUCCAGCCCCACUUCAGGAUACAACAGCAGCAACCCUGCCAUUGUCCGAGACAUGCAGGUGGCUGGAGCAUCAGAGUCGGGGUCCAAGGUGGUGGCCCGUCCUCCUAUCGCUGCAUGCCAUAAUAUGAAGUUGCAGAGAACAUGGACAUCAGCCCAGGAUAUUCGUCUGGAGCAGCAGCAGGGGUCAGAAAGGGACUCCGCCGUUCCUUCAGCCUCUGCCUCGGCUUCCCCCUCCUCCCCUCCAUCUCUCCGUCCGCGAGCCCUCUCUUUUGGCUCCCCCUCUUCUCUGGCCACCGCCUACCAGGACAUCGCCUCUCGUGCCCUCACUCACGCACUGGCAGAAGUCCGUUUGGCCAGCGCUGGGCAGUUGAGCAACCUCUUGGCUGGGAAGAGCGCAGCUGGAUGGAGGCAUCAGGGUACAGAGCGUGGGGUGCAGGUGUUCCACAAGUCUGCGCCGAGGGCCACCGUGCACGGCUUCCUGGGGGCCAUGGAGCUGCAGAGGCCCUUGGAGAGCCUGUGGGGGGUGGUGCGGGACCACUCAAAGGCCCACCUCUACAACCCCUCUGUCAGCUCCAGCUGGACACGAGCACUGGAUGACAGCACUCAGCUCGUUUACAUGCUGAGCAACCCUUCUUCCUUCAACCUGAAGCAACCGCGAGAUUUCUGCUGCAUCAGUGUCGAGGCAAAACAGGAGAGGCGGUGUGUGCUGGUUAUGCAGUCUGUGUAUGAGGAGUCUCUGCCGAGACCCAGUGUGGAUGCCGUCCGGGCCGAAGUGCUGCCCAGUGCAUGGAUCUUGCAGCCCAGCCGCAAGCACGGCCAAGACUGCGUCACUGUUAUAUACAUGCUGCAGGUGGACUUGGGUCCCCCAGCCCUUCCUCACAGAUUACUAGGUGCUAUUGCUCGAAAACAGGCCUCCGUCAUCGCUGAGCUGGAUGCAUUUCUCUCCCUGUGAAUAUGUAGUUACUACAUCUGUUUGCAAGCUAAAGCAAAGUUGCUAGGCUUGUCAAGACCGCAAUGACCACUGGCUAUAUAGUAUGGAGCUGGGGUGUGUUUCCCAAUACCACAGUUGCUAGCUAUUUAGCAACUUUGUUGGCUGGCAAUGGUUCCAUUGUGACCAACAAAGUAGAUAUUGUUGUUAGUGACUAUAGGUUUUUGGUUGAAACGGACACCAGUAUAGAAUAGCAGCUAUCUCUUGCAAGAGCAUUGUAGCUAAUAGGAAACAAGUGCUUCUGCAUGCUACCAUGUACAUUAGCUUAGCUCUGAAGUAGACCUACUGUGUGUUUUGUGUCAGUAGCUUGCAGUUAUACAUGUGAACACUUCCACUUACGGAGGUCUUAACUUAAGUCCUCACUGAAAUUUGCACCAUUCUAUUUUUUUACUAGUAAAAUUAUGUGUGGCGUUUCUUUGACUUCACUCUAUAUUCGCACUGAAAUGUAUAUAUGUGAAUCAGCUUAUCUUCUUGUUUCUUAAUGAAGUGUUUUUAUACUGGAGUUUUGUAUAAUCUAUUUCAAUCACGUUGUGCCAAAGAGCUAGCAUCAGUUCUUGUUGUUUAUGACAUUUAUUUUAAUCUAAAUGUUCUCUUUUGCACUUUUUUUUAAUUCCAAAGUGCUCCUUACUUUUUACAGAAUCAUCCAUGAAUCUUUAACACACAUGUAAAAAUCAUACAAUGAAGAAUUAAGUCUUAUAUUUUGUUUUUCAAUAUAUUUUUUGUAGCCCAACAGAAUUGGAUGCCUGGUACUUUAUAAGCUGAGUUGUUGCAAUCAAAACGGGUGGCGGAAAGAAUAUUAUAUUUGGUUAUUAUUUUGCUAUCAGUAAUUUUUUUACUUGAAUUUUUUUAUUUGAAUUUACAUGAAGGAUAUUGGCGUCCUCUCACAGUAUGUAAAAGUUAAUGGAAUAUCAAGUGCUGUAGCAUGGGCAGGUUCACCUGUAAAUUCUGGUGCAUAUUGCAAGUAUAUGUUUAUUCCAGCCUAUAUGAACAACUGUCUGUAGUUUACCUUCUCAAUCUUCUAGGCCAAGUGAGUGGACAUUUAGCAUUAAAAAUAUUUUUGACAUCAUAGCAGCCACUCUCAAGGAUCAAAAUAAUGACAUAUAUGCACUAAAAUGUAUGAUUAUACUUAAAAGGUCUAUUUGUAAACCUGUGUUCUUCUGAUAAGCUUAAUUUAUGUCUGUCUAUUAUUAAUGCCUUCAGUAUUUUUUAUUUGGAAUGUGUACAUUAAGAGUCUUCAGAGUCGAUGGGAAAGCAGUGGAAAGUUACCAGUAAACUCUUAUCAUAGUUUGUCAUUCCAUUUGACAUGAAUUUACUGUAACGAGCUGUAGACCAGUGGCAGCACAUCUUGUCAAAUCAUAUCUACGUCUUAUCGUUUACAAAGAUUUUAAAUCUUUGUUUUUGUUGGAACACUGUCUUGAUUCCACAUCGAACCCCAAAAUGAAGGACCAGUUUUCUGUGAGACUAGACAGGGAAACUUUACAAAGGAAAUGUUCUCCUUUAAGUUUUAGAAUAGAUGUUACAUCAUUCUACAACCAUAAUCUAUCUUGAAAAAAUGUAGCAUUUGACAAGAAUGUGCACCAUUUAAAUAUGUAAUUUAUCAUUUAUGUUUGUUGCAUUUCUUCUGUAUCUGAAUAUUUUUAUACGUCUAUGACAUGUUUUAAUUUAUGUGCAUAAGUGUAUCAUUUUCUUAA